AUGGGGGUCAGCAACACAGUCAAGUAUGUCUUUCGCUUGUCCUUCCUCCCUCGACGAAACGUCCAAAAGGGCAAACAAGCCGAGCACACGACGAGACCGAUCGCGGUGACAGUGCAUUGUCACGACGACGACGGGCCCGAUGGCGAUACGGAUUUCGAUCCGCGGUAUUCGUGUUCCCUUGACGCCCAGAUGGCGGUGAAGGAGGCUGCAUUGGGCGUGCAUCACCGUGCUGCGGGCAGGGCAACCAGCAGCAGCGGUAGCAGCAGCGGCAGUCGGUCUCGAUUGGUGCGGAUUGUCAGUUGGGCCAGCAUCGUGGGCGACCGCAGUCGGUGGACGAUGGAGCAAGAGCGCGAGCUUGCGAUGGCGGAGAGCCAGUUGGCGCGGUGCCAGAAGGCGUGGAGUUCGGAGCAGGAGUUGUGGUUGGCUUAUAUCAAGGCGCUUACAGAAGAGAAAGAAGCCCACGAAGAGUUUCUUCAGCUCCGUGCUAGACAGCAGGACGACGAGCAGCAGCAUUUCCGGAAAGCUUGGAGUCGGCGGAAAUCUUACGACGACCAGCAGCAACCGGAGAGGGCAAACAGUCGCUUGCGGCGCUUACGGAGACGGACGAGUUCAUUUGGCCUGGGAAUUGAGACGUGA